UGCUGCUAUUUGCUAAUGCCCACCAAAUACCAAAGUGUAUUAGUAUUUUUUGUAGUUUGUACCCACUAUCUCUGAUCCUUUAUCUACGACGACAAAGGCGACCGAUUUAUAAAGCUAAUUGUUUCAAGUAGACAAUACAAUUAUUGAGUUAUAAUAACAUAGAAACGAAUAAACGAUACACAGUUGUUCACCCGCACCGUUCUAGAUAUUCUAUGCUGGCUACUGUUUUUUCCCUACGAUCUGAAAUCAAGUCAUUCCGUACUGUAUAGUUGCAUCCCACUAUUGACGAGGAAGUAAGUACCUAUAAGGUUCGAACGAGCUUUCCAGCGGAUUUCUAUACACAUGCGGUUAGCUCAAAUCAAUUCGUCUAUUGUACGAUUACUGUUCUAACAAGUGUAAUUCACAUUCACUGCUGCAAUCAUGUACUCAUCGUAUCAACUGUUGUUGGCCAUUGGAAUGGUCAUCACAGGAUCCAUCAACACGCUCAGUGUCAAAUGGGCUGAUAAACUUCAAGCUAAAGGUUCAGAUGGAAAAGAGCAUACAUUUGACCAUCCAUUUUUUCAAUCGUUAACCAUGUUUUUUGGAGAAUUUUUGUGCUUGUUGUUCUUUAAAUUGGCUUAUAGAUACCACGUAAAAAGACAAUAUCCGAUUGAGGAUAGUGCAAUAGUUAAAGGCAACCAACAAUUCAAUCCAUUUUUGUUCUUUGUGCCGGCAAUGUUUGAUUUGGUUGCUACCUCCCUGAUGUACAUUGGUCUCACAAUGACUUUUGCGUCUAGUUUUCAAAUGUUAAGAGGUGCUGUAAUAAUAUUUACUGCUAUAUUUUCAAAAAUGUUUGUCCAUCGACAAGUAUCUGUUCGCCAUUGGUUGGGCAUAUUUACAAUAAUUAUUGGUUUAGCCACAGUUGGUAUAUCAGAUUUAUUGUCAACUGAUCCAAACUCAAAAUCUACUAAUGAAAUCAUUCUUGGUGACUCAUUGAUUUUAUUUGCUCAGAUUAUUACAGCUGCUCAAAUGGUAUACGAAGAGAAAUAUGUUGUUUCAAAUGAUAUUCCACCGUUACAAGCUGUUGGUUGGGAAGGUCUAUUUGGAUUCCUGAUGAUGAGUAUACUUUUAGUACCAUUUUAUUAUAUCAAUGUCAGUCCUCCAUUUGGUGGUAAUAACUCUCGCGGAGUUAUUGAAGAUUUUCCAGAGGCCAUUACUCAAAUAAUGAACAACAAAUGGAUUUUAGUUGCAUUAAUUGGAAACAUAAUCAGCAUUGCUUUUUUCAACUUUUCUGGUAUAAGUGUUGCUAAGGAAAUAUCUGCAACUACUAGAAUGGUAUUAGAUUCCAUUCGAACAUUUUUCAUUUGGACUUUUUCAUUAGCAGUUGGCUGGCAAACAUUCAAUCCACUUCAGCCUGUUGGUUUCCUGUUGUUGCUUAUUGGAAUGUGCAUUUACAAUAACUUAUUGAAAGCUGUGCCCAGAAGAUUGAGAACUGUUGUACACUAUCCUACAGACGAACCUAUUAUUGGAGGAGAACCUUAAGAAAAUAUGUACAUCUGUGGAUGUUCAAUUAUGACUUCUUUCAAGUAAUAUCAAAAUAAGGAGCUAAUAGAUGAACUGAAUAUUAAUGCACUUAUAGUAUGUUUUUAUAUUAUAAUAAUAUAAUAUUAGUUAUUUAAUUUAAUUAUUCAUUCAAUACUCAUUACAUUGAAUAGAUUAUUACUUAACCAAAAUACAAUAUGAUAUAUAUAUAUAUAUAUUUGUCAGUGUAUUUUAUAUUCAAUGUUUUUUUUUAAACUAAAUAUUGUAUAAUUUAGUACUAAAAAUUGUAGUUUAAUUGAAAACUGCUUUAGUUAACACCAAUAUAGAUUUGAAUCAUUAAAUGUUGUGAUUUAGCAAACUGACAAAUGCUAAAGUAUUUAAGUAUAGGAAACAAUAUACCAAUUAAGUGUUUUAAAAAUAUUAUAGUUCCUUAUUUUUAUUUUUAUUAUUUUUUAGAAUAUUAUUGAUUUAUAAUUAAAUUAUUAUUCCUCAUAGAUCUUUCAUUUGGUGAUUUUGGCACCAACAAGUAACAAUACUUAAUAUAAUAUAUAUAUUCGAUAAUGUUGUUAAGUUAUUUGUUAUAGUACUUUAUUGAGCUUUA